AUGGGGAGAGUUUGGAUCACUAUUCUUGUUUCGAUGCUGCUAAUGUCUCUGCAGAAGAAAUGCGUUAGCAUACCCACGAGUAACUUCACCGAUCAAUCUGCUCUUCUUGCCUUCAAGGAUCACAUUACUUUUGAUCCUCAAAACAUGCUAGCUCACAACUGGUCCUCCAAAACCUCCUUCUGUAACUGGAUGGGAGUCUCUUGCAGUCUUCGCAGGCAAAGAGUCACAGCGCUGGAUCUCUCUAGCAUGGGCCUCCUAGGGGCCAUUCCUCCACAACUUGGAAACCUGUCCUUUCUUCAAUAUCUGAUUCUUUACAACAAUAGUUUCCAUGGAGAUCUACCCAGCGAGAUAGGUAAUUUAUGCCGAUUGAAAUCAAUGGAUAUAGGUUCCAAUAAGUUACCAUUAGUGAUACCCGAAAGUUUUGGGAAUUUGCAGACUUGUACAAUCCCAUCCACAAUCUUCAACAUCUCUUCCUUGAAAGUCCUUGAUCUCAUGUUUAACGGCCUAUUUGGAAGUCUUCCGAAGAACAUGUGCGACCAUCUUCCUAGACUAGAAAUGCUUUUGCUUUCCACUAAUCAACUCAGUGGCCAAAUCCCAUCUGAUUUAUUCAAAUGUAGAGAGCUACAAUCAUUAUGGUUGCCUUAUAAUAACUUCACUGGAGUUAUUCCAGAAGAACUUGGAUUCCUCCCUAUGCUUGAGCUUCUAAAUCUUGGUGUCAAUAUGUUGUCAGGUGAUUUGCCUCGAUCGAUCUUCAACAUGACUUCUUUAACAAGCAUGCAACUUUGUUGCAAUAACCUGUCAGGAUCAAUACCUCAAGAAAACAGCAUUAAUCUUCCUAACUUGGAGGAGCUGCAACUAAAUCUAAAUGGUUUAACAGGGUCAAUGCCACGCUUUAUUGGGAAUAUGUCCAGGUUGGAGAUCCUUGAUUUGUCAUAUAACAAGAUGACUGGUAAUGUUCUACAAGAAUUUGGAAAUUUGAGAGCGCUGCAAUCCCUCCGUUUGCAAUCCAAUUCCUUUACAAAUCACCCUUCAAGUCAGACACUCAACUUCAUCACCUCUUUGACAAAUUGUAGGCAGUUGAAAGAAUUGCAUAUUGGGGACAACCCUUUAGAUGGCAUGUUGCCAAAUUCCGUAGGGAAUUUAUCCAGCUUUCUAACAAACUUCUAUGUAUACGCCAGCAAACUCAAAGGCAAUAUUCCAGGUGAGAUUGGCAACUUGAGCAGCCUAAUUGUCUUAAGUUUGGAAGAGAAUAGUCUGAUGGGACCUAUUCCUACAACAGUGGGAGAGCUAAGGAAGAUUCAAGUACUAGAUCUUUAUAAGAACAAUCUUAAUGGUUCCAUUCCACCUAAUAUAUGUCUUGCAAGGAGGUUGGUUGACAUAACAUUAAACAAUAACGUAUUGUCUGGAGACAUACCUUCCUGCAUAGGGAAUCUCACGUCUCUAAGAAACCUUUAUCUUCACUUCAAUAUAUUAAGUUCUACCAUACCUAUGGCUCUGUGGAGCCUAAAGGAUCUCUUGAUUUUGAAUCUGAAUUCAAACUUUCUAUAUGGAUCUCUUCCUUCGCAAGUUGGAGAAAUGGAAGCUGCAAUAGGAAUUCGUUUGUCAAGCAACCAGUUGUCAGGUAAUAUUCCGAGUACAAUAGGUUCACUCCAGAACUUGAUAAGAUUUUCAUUAUCCAAAAACAGCUUUCAAGGGUCCAUUCCAGAAGCAUUCGGUGGUUUGGUAACCCUGGAACUCUUAGAUCUAUCACAAAAUAACUUGUCUGGUGAGAUUCCCAAGUCAUUAGAGGCACUUAGAUAUUUGGAGCUUUUCAAUGCGUCUUUCAAUGGACUACAAGGGGAAAUUCCAAGAGGAGGACCGUUCGCAAAUUUUACUGCUCGUUCUUUUAUUAUGAAUAAGGGUCUAUGCGGCCCAUCUCGGCUGCAAGUCCCACCUUGCAGCAUUGAAUCUCGUAAAGAUUCAAAGACUAAAUCCAGACUUCUAAGGUUCAGUUUACCAACUGUUGCAUCUAUACUGCUUGUGGUGGCUUUCAUUUUUCUUGUCAUGAGAUGUCGACGAAGAUGCAGAAAAGAUCCAAUCCCAGAAGCCUUGCCAGUGACAGCUAUCCAGAGGAGAAUUUCUUACCUAGAACUGCGGCGUGCAACAAAUGAAUUUCAAGAGAGUAAUCUGCUAGGUGUUGGAAGUUAUGGCUCUGUAUAUCAAGGGAUGCUUCCUGAUGGGCUAAAUGUAGCUGUCAAGAUUUUUAAUCUGCAAUUGCAAAGAGCAUUCAGAAGUUUUGACACAGAGUGCGAAAUCAUGCGCAACAUUAGACACCGCAACCUUGUGAAGAUUAUCUGCAGUUGCUCUAAUCUUGACUUCAAAGCCUUAGUCCUGGAGUACAUGCCUAGAGGAAGCUUGGAGAAAUGGUUAUACUCCCACAACUAUUGCUUGGACAUCAUUCAAAGAGUGAACAUAAUGAUCGAUGUUGCAUCAGCAUUAGAGUAUCUCCAUCACGGCUAUCCAUCUCCUGUGGUGCAUUGUGAUUUGAAACCGAGCAAUGUGUUACUAGAUGAAGACAUGGUCGCGCAUGUAUGUGAUUUUGGUAUUGCAAAACUCUUAGGUGAAAAUGAGUCUUUUGCACAAACCAGGACCCUUGCCACAAUAGGGUAUAUGGCACCAGAAUAUGGAUUGGAAGGACACGUGUCCACGAAGAAUGAUGUCUAUAGCUUUGGAAUCAUGUUAAUGGAGAUGCUGACGCGAAAAAGGCCUACCGAUGAAAUGUUCGAGGGAGAAAUGAGCUUGAAGAGAUUGAUCAAAGAAUCGUUGCCUGAUUCAGUAAUAGACAUUGUGGAUAGCAACAUGCUGAAUAGAGGAGAUGGCUACUCCUUAAAGAAGGAGCACUGUGUGACAUCUAUAAUGGAGUUGGCACUGCAAUGUGUCAAUGAAUCACCUGAAGAGAGGAUGGUCAUGGUUGAAAUCUUGGCAAGGCUUAAAAACAUCAAGGCGGAAUUCUUGAGAGAUUCUGAGAGGCGGAGGCCAUAACAUACAUCAACUUGUUCCAGUUAAUUGCUGUCCAAUUUUCCUGUGUGAAUUAAAUUUGAUGGUC